AUGGCUUUCGCUGGCGUAUCUCUCGUCGGCGGUGACGGCAAGCUGUGCGCCUCCACCGUCUCGCCCAUCGACUCCGGCGCAGCCAGCGGGUACCACUUGCUCGUGGUCGAAGGCUUCUCGCGGACCAGAGACAUCUUGCCGGCCGGCGAGUACAUCAGAUGCCGCACUUUCUUGGUCGGAGGCCACCGCUGGCAUCUCAGGUACUACCCUAAUGGCUAUGACUCCGAGUACGCUGGGUUUGUAUCGGUUGGUCUUGUCCUUGAGGAGGACGACGAUGAUCAUGAGGAUGAAAACGAUGAUGAUUGGGAGGCAAACGAGGAUGAUCAGACUGACAACGAUGACGAGGAUGAAGACACAGAUAAUGAUGAUGCUCACGAUGAUGAUAUGGCUGAGGACGAUGAUGAGGAUGAAGACCAUGAGGAUGAGCACAACAAUAAUGAUGAGGCUCACCAUGAUGCUAUGGCUAAGGACGAUUACCACGACUAUCAUGAGCUAUUUUCGUCCGUGAAGGCUCAGGUUUUCUUCUAUUUCAUCGACCAGUUUCAGUGGCUCCACUCAGGUCGCAUGCGUGAAACCAAAUUCGGUCUCAUAACUGAGCUGACUUGUAAAGGGUUCAGAAAAAGGGAGAUCUUGGAAAGUUCGGCGCAUCUCAAGGACGACAGCUUCACCAUCCGUUGCGACGUCGUUGUUCUUGACGCCACGGCGGAUAUCAAAUCCAAGCAGGGCGCUAGCACCAUGGCUCCUCCGUUCAUCCAAGUCUCUCCUUCUGACAUGCCAAUCCAUUUCAAAAAUCUCCUCCUGUCCGAGGAGGGUGCUGACGUGACGUUUGUGGUUGGCGGUGAAACGUUUGCUGCACACCGGUAUGUACUUGCAGCGCGAUCUAAGGCCUUCAAGUCACAGCUGUUCGGUGACAACCUUGGCGCUGCUACCGUGAAGAUCGAUGUUAUUGAAGCAGAAGUGUUUGAGGGCAUGCUUACUUUCAUCUACACAGACACAUUACCCGACUGGAAUAAAGGUCGCAUAGUUGUACCAGAUGAAGGCCCACAACCACAAGUCGACUGCGUAUCAGUGCACUAUGUAACGUUGCUGCUGCAGUUGCUUGAAGCUGCCGAGAGGUAUGAUCUCCAUAGGCUGAAGUUGAUUUGCCAAGAGGAGUUGGUCACCUGCAUACGCCUGAACACAGUAGUGGACAUCAUUGUUGGAGCUGAGCGGGGAUGUUGCCCCUGGUUGAAGGAGAAGUGCUUGGAGUUCAUCAAGUCUCACACAAGUCUGCAUCAAGUUUUCACGGCUGAGGGCUUUGAGAUGAUGACCCGAACCUGCAGCCCCUCCGGCCUCAAGGAGCUCCUCUCCAAGUUUGCUUCCUAG